AUAUGUGUAAAUAAAUACAUUGUUAUAAAUGCCUGUUGUGUGCAUAUUGUGCAAACAUCGAGAUAGCAUCUGUUAUUAAUUCACCCUCCAUUCACCCUGCAUCAGUUACCCACGCUAUAGAUAUAACGUGCAUCGACAGUUUCUCAAUUGACGAAAUAAUUAAAUGAAAACAGGAAUUAAUUCAUUAAUAUUUUGAAGUGUGAAUCAAGUUAAUUUUCUUCAGCAUGACUGCUGAUUUUGAAUUCAAAGACACGGAGAAAACACCAAUGGCGCCAACUGUUUCCAUUGAGCAGAUUACCAUAGUUCGACCGAUAAAGGUUGUUGCCCUUUUGUGUGCAGUCAUUGGUUUAUUUAUGAACUGUCUGUCAGUAGGAUCUACCACGUGGUUUCAAACAGAUAUUGGAAGAGAUGGGUUGUGGCAGACAUGCAUGUUUAUUGACGAAGAUGCAAUUGAGUGUCGGACUGUUAAACCAACAGAUUGGUUGGAGACAUCACGUGUUUUAUUUGUGAUUGGGAUGGUUAUAUGUUUCCUGUCCAUAGUGAUAACAUCUCUUGGAGUAACUACAGAUCUAUUCCACCGGAAAGAGAAAUAUUACAUCGCUGGUAUGACAUGUAUGGUUCUUGCAGCUUUAUCAGAAAUGAUUUGUUUAAUUAUUCAUCCUGUCAAAUAUAAUGAGGAGAUGGAAAAGAACAUUGUUGAACUUUCCUGGGGUAUGGGCUGGGCAUAUGGACUUGGAUGGAUAGCUGCUAUUUUAAUGACCGUUGGUGCUGUUAUCUUGUACAUUGACAAAAAUGCAGAUGAAUUGAUUUAUCGUGAAAGAACAAAUUAUAAUGAUUCAAUAGAAGAAUCGUAUGACCCCUGAAUCAUUUGAUGGAUUUAUUAGGGGUAUUGAUAUAUUGGUAAUCAUUAUGAUCUCGGCUUUUUCAUGUCUUACAUCAAGGUGAAUAUAGGUAAUGUCUUUAAUGUCGGCAAAAAACUCUACAGAGCUCAUGUUUGUAGUAUUUCAUGUAACCCGACUUAAAAUAAUAUUUUCUAUUCUAUUGUAUUCUUCUGGUGUGCUUGCUUGCUAGCUGAACCAUGAAGUCACUAUAAGGUUAUGCAUACUACCAUCCCGUAGGAGUAGACUGGUCCGACAGACCAACUUAUGUGUCUGUAGGACUAGACUACUCCAAACGGAGGGUAGUAUAGUUAACCUUGUAAUGAUUUCGCGGUUCAGCUAGCAAAUAAGCUAGCCAAAGCUUCACCUAUACACUUAAUGCAUGUAAUAGAUUCAACAUAUUUUCUGUAGAUAUAAUGGUAUACUGAUUCACCUUAGAAAAAUUCUAAGGCAAUAUUUCAGCGUAAACAGAAUUUAAAUUUAUUCAUGAUUUUUAAAAUUAUUGUUCUUAUUUAUUAUUUGUAAUAUUUAUAAUUGUUAUGUGUUAAUGACUAUGUGAAAGUUAUUAAAAAUCAAGAACUUACGACGGAAAACGAAGUGUAUGAAUCUAAGAUAAUCUUUUUAUGUUUAAAAGAUAAAACUCUAUUUUGUUCAGAGAAUACUGUCUACUGAAUACAGUUUGCGUUCUUAAUUUUAUAUUAUGUUCAAUUAUCUUUUUGUGUAAGAGGAAAUACUGCUGAUUUUCAACCACUUAGUAAAAAACGUUUUUGUUUCGAAAUGAGCAUUUUAAUGUGUGAUAAUGUAAAGAUGCUUAAAGUGAAGUAAAAACGAACCUGCUGCAGAUCAUGACUGAUGAUAUAUUUAGUAUGCAUUUGAGUUUCUGAAAAUUGUUUUUCACAAAAUUCUUGAAGUUUGUUUAUAUAUAUAUACGUUUUACACAAAUUGCUGUUUGAUUAUGGAUGGUCUUUAAGCAUUUUUAGAAUAAUAUUGGGGUUGCUGGUUACUGUGUGUACAAUACUUGGUGAUUCUAAUCGUUAUAUUGGUUGUACCUUUUUUCAACUUAUCUUCAUUCUGAACAUGAAUGAAACAUUUGCAACUGGAAAUUAAGAAUACCACAAUCAACCUCUCUAGAUUAUUCUCUUGUUCGUGUAAAGUAAACGCCAUGCAUAAGGUAGCAACCCAAUGCAAUCGAUGAGAUUUUUAUUUUGAAAAAAGUGUACAGAAUAUCGAAAUAACAGUGCAUACGUCUAUACGCGAAGGUUCUUUAUCAAGAGGAAAUGAUAGCAACGUUCAUAUCUUACAGUUUCCAACUGAACUCAGCAUUAAAUCAUAUCAUGUACCAAUUAAGCAAAAGAAAUGACUACAUUAUCACGUGACUUUUGAAGAGCGAUACUGGUUUACGUGAACCAUUUGAAUCUCGGUACCAGUAAGUACAAUGUAAUGUAUGAUGGUGAUAUUCUGGACGGUUGAAAUAUGUCAUUCCAUUAUCAUUGUUUGUCAUAGUUUGAGUGAAUCCUUGUAUUUCUGACAAAUUUGUUUUAUCCGAUAUACACCUUACAGUUGGGGAGUUUGAGUACACCUGUAUUUACAUUAUUGUUCCUUACUGCAUUUGUUCCUUUUGUUGAUUUUUUAUCCAAUUGUUACAUUUAUAUUUUUUAUAUAAACACAUUUGUAUAUAUAAUGUUGUUGAAAAAAUACGAAAUAAUAAAUUCCUACCAAAUUGUU